AUGACGUGCGUUAUAUGUAACUUGGAAAAAUUGUCUGAGGAGUUUUGUCCAGAGAAUGCAUCUACAAAAUGUGAUCACCCCUGCUUAGUAUGUCUCAGGUGUUUGGUUGACAAUGCAACAAAAAAUGGAAAAUGCCCUUACCCUAAAUGUGCUGUAGACAUUGAAACAGAAUCUGAUAGUGUUGCAUUGUUUGAGAAGAUUCUUUCCCAAAUGUUUACAGUAUACGAGGCUUCCUAUCAACAAAAAGACCACAGCGCAUCUGGUGAGGAUGAGCAUGUUAUUAUCACAGACCUGACUGGGGAAUCCAUCAGAAUUCCAUUAUCCCAGUCCAUGACCAUUAAUCAGUUGAAAGAUAUAAUAAAAGAACGUCUGGGUCACGAACAAAAUAAACAGAAACUUGUGUUUGAGGGAAAAGACAUGCAGAAUGAGGAAGCUCAACUGUCAAGUUUUGGAGUGACAUCGAAUUCGAAGAUUUGCCUGGUUGUAUGCCUCUAUGCCAUUCCAGAAUAUUUCGAUCAUGUCGUUUUCGAUCUGUAUUGGGGAUUUCCAAUGAAGGAAACCAGCAGUUUGUUGUCGUUUUUUGGUUUAGGAAACAAGGAAUAUCAGCUUGAUUUUCUUGAUGCUUCCUGCUUGAUGUUCUGUGGUCCUGACCAUUACCAAACAAUUGAUUACAGAAAAAAAAUCUCUGAAGCUGGUGUUGAACAUUCAGGUGACCGAAAUGAUUAUGCAAACAAAACUGGCCAUCAUACUAUUGACGUUCAUAUCAGUAAAAUUCCACAUGAUGUAACACAUUUGUUUUUUACAUUAAGUGCAUGGAACUCUCCAAGCAUUUCAAAGUAUCCAAAUCCAAGUUUAAAGUUUUUUAAAGCAUCGAAUCGUCAAAAUAAUCUAUGUAAAACUUCUUUUUCCGAUGCUGGUAAUUCACAAGCUGUUAUCAUGUGUUCGGUUUCUAAAUCUUAUGGAAGGUGGAAAAUAUUUGAAUCGGGACAACUAUCAGCAGGAAAUGCAAAAGAUUAUAACCCUUUAGUGGCAACAAUCACCGAGCUCAUUGCAAAAGGAUAUUAA